GAUGAUGCAAUUCCGAAUGCGAUUGUGGUGAAGAACAUCAACUUUGCGAUCAAGCGCGAGACGCUGCUGCAGACCAUGUCUGAUCUGGGCCUGCCGCUGCCGUAUGCCUUCAACUACCACUUUGACGGCGGUGUGUUCCGCGGCCUGGCGUUUGGCAACUUUAGGACACCCGAGGAGGCGGCGCGCGUGAUCAUCGGGCUGAAUGGCAUCACGCUGCUGGGUCGCCCGCUCAAGGUCGAGUACAAGAAGGCGCUGCCGGGCACG